AUGAGUCGACUGGGCUCAUGGUUCCGUUCAGCGGGCAAGGUGAGCAGCAAUGCGAGCCCGGCCGCGUCGUCGAUCAACCUGUCCUCCAAGGAGCUUUCCGCCAAGGAAAUGGCCGAUAUCGAAGGGGCCAUGGCGGCUGCCGCCUUCAUCAUGAACGACGACAUUGAUGGUGCCGAGGAGCGUUUGCGCAAGGGCGACUCGGCCUUUCACCAGUUGGGCCUGGCCAUGACGACAUUUCUCCGCUCCGUGCUUGGGUUCGAGAAGGAGGUCAUGAACGAGGCUUCAAAACGGCUGGCCGACACGGAGGCCAAGGCCUGGGCGGACUAUAAAAAGGCCGAACGAGACGCCACGAGCAGCAGGAUUUACGCGCCCGGGACCGAGUUCUUGCUCAUCCAUGCCGAGUCUCAGCUCAUGGCGGCCGUCGUUGCCGUGUUGCACGAGAGUCUGACGGAGGCUCUCAAGGGUUUCUACAAGCUUCGCAAGGCGUUUGUCACCCUUGACAGCAUCAUGAUGCAGGAGGCCAAGGCGUUGGACAAGGAAAGGAACAAGGCUGACCCGCCGCCCCUGCGGCAACGGAUGAGCGAGGAGAAAAUGCCCGGGAGCUUUGACGACGAAGAGUUUGCCGACCUGGACCGGAACGAUGACAGCGACAUUGACUUUGUGGACGCCAGCGAGGUUCCCAAGUCGGGUGCCGUGACGCCGGCGGAGAAGAAGGCAAACGGUCCAGCGACGGACGCACCGCCGGCCCAGGAUCUGGCGGCGCUGAGUCUGGAUUCCGGCACAUCAACACCCUCCGGCGACGCGAAGCUCGCCCCUCUCCAGGUCUCUUCGCAAAUGGCCGAUGACUCGGACACGGACUCUGGCGUCUUCUCGAACCCCGUUGACGCCUUCAUCCACAGCGGUGCCAACAUGUGCUUCGGUAUGCUGCUCUUCAUGCUCAGCAUGGUCCCGCCCGCCUUCUCCCGCCUGCUGUACGUUGUGGGCUUCAGAGGCGACCGUGAGCGCGGCGUGCGCAUGCUCUGGAAGAGCACACAGUUUGACAACCUCAACGGCGCGGUAUCUGGUCUGAUCCUGUUGGGAUACUACAAUGGAAUUCUGGGCCAGGCGGAUAUCGUACCCGCGGAACGGGACUUUGACGCCAACGCUGAGAUGGUGGGGUACCCCGCGCAAAAGUGUGAGGCCCUUCUGGCCUCCAUGCGGACGCGUUACCCGGACUCACGCCUAUGGCGCGUGGAGGAAUCCCGCGUCCUGGCCCAGCAGCGCCGGCUCGCGGACGCCAUCAAGCUCCUGACGACGGGGCAGGAGUCCAAGAUGCGCCAGGUGACCGCCCUCAACGCCUUUGAGCUCGCUCUGGCCGCCAUGUCGCACCAAGACUGGGAACUCAUGCAGAAGACGUUCCUCCGCUGCCUCGAGCUCAACGACUGGAGCCACACGCUGUACAACUACAUGGCCGGGUGCGCCGAGCUGGAGCUGUACCGCGACGCGUUCCACGCCGAGAAGAAAGAUGAGGUCGAGAUGCGGCGGAGGAAGAAGAAGGCCGAGGAGCUGUUUCGCAAGGCGCCGACGACGGCGGGGAAGAAGAAGUUUAUGGCGCGCCAGUUACCGUUUGACACGUUCAUCACGCGCAAGAUUCAAAAGUGGGAGGAGCGCGCAAAGGAGUUGAAGGUCGAUCUGGCGGACGCCGUCGCCGUUAGUCCCGCGCAGGAGAUGGUGGGCUUAUGGAACGGGACGAGGAGGAUGAAUGACGAGGAGCUGCACAUGUCGGUCAAAAGCUUGAGAUGGGAGCGGUGCACUCUUCCAGCCGAGGCCCUGGAGAAGGUGAAGAAGACUCCCGACGAGGCUUCCAUCCGGUCGACUUGCCUCGCGGCUAUCUAUAGGAGCCUGGGGCGCUUCGAGGAUGCUAGGGCAAUUCUGCAGACAGAGGUCCUCAAUGCAGACAGGGCGGCGUUCAAGGGCUCUACAAAGGAUGAGUACCCCCUGCCGACGGCGCACUACGAGAUGGCAGUCGUGGCUUGGUUCGAGUGCUGCCAGCCGGAGAAGCGCCAGGUUGCGGCAGACGAGCCCUCGGACGCCGAGGGCCAGGCUAAGGCUGUGGCGGACUACCGCAAGAAGAAGGUGGACGAGUGCCAGGAGUGGCUCGACAAGGUUGUCGCGUGGGAGGCGUUUGUGUUUGACGCUAGACUGGGCAUGCGUGUGCAGGCGGCGCUGGAGACACUCAAGUGGUUCAAGAAGAAGAACAAGUGGGCGUAG